AUGUCGUCAUCGCCAAACCUCGCCGUGCUCGAAGCGCUGGACACAGCGCGCACGCAGUGGUAUCAUGUUACAGCCAUCGUCAUCGCCGGCAUGGGCUUCUUCACCGAUGCGUACGACCUCUUCUGCAUAUCCACCGUCUCCAAGCUCCUCGGACGCCUCUACUACGAUGGCAAAGGCGGCGAACCGGGCAAGCUCCCCACGCCGGUCAACAAUCUCGUCAUCGGCGUCGCCCUCGUCGGCACACUCAUGGGUCAGCUCGUCUUUGGCUGGCUCGGAGACAAGCUCGGGCGCAAGAAGGUCUACGGGAUCACCCUCAUCCUCAUGGCCAUCUGCGCCAUCGGCUCCGGCCUCUCGUUCGGAAAAACGAAGGGGGCAGUCAUGGGGAGCCUCUGCUUCUUCCGCUUCUGGCUCGGCUUCGGCAUCGGCGGCGACUACCCUCUCUCCGCCACCAUCAUGUCGGAGUACGCCAACAAGAAGACUCGCGGCCAGUUCAUCGCCGCCGUCUUCGCCAUGCAGGGCGUCGGGAUCAUCUUCGCGGGCCUCGUCUCUAUGACGCUCUCCGGGAUCUUCCUCCACUACAACCCGGCGCCGACUUUUACUGAAAACCCGGACCUCUCCACCCAGCAUGCCGGCGACUUCCUCUGGCGGAUCGUGCUGAUGCUCGGAGCUCUCCCAGCGGUCGUCACCUUCUACUGGCGCAUGAAGAUGCCCGAGACGGCGCGCUACACCGCGCUGAUCGCCGGGAACGCAAAGCAGGCGGCGCACGACAUGGAGAAGGUCCUCGAGAUCGACAUCCAAGCGGAGCCAGAGAGGUUAUCCCAGUUCAAGUCCGCCAACGAGUACAAUCUGUUCUCGCGUGAGUUCAUCGGGAGGCACGGGUGGCACCUGGUCGGUACCAUGACCACCUGGUUCCUCCUCGACAUCGCGUUCUACAGCCAGAAUCUCACCCAGAAGGACAUCUUCCAGGCGAUCCACUUGACCAACAAGGCGAAGAACGUGAACGCUCUCAGAGAAGUGUUCGAGAUCUCGCGGGCCAUGUUCGUGGUGGCGCUGCUGGGGACCUUCCCCGGCUACUGGUUCACGGUGAUAUUCAUCGAGAAGCUCGGGAGGUACCUGAUCCAGCUCAUCGGCUUCUUCAUGAUGUCAAUGUUCAUGCUGAUUCUGGGCAUCAAGUACGACUACCUCAAAGAGAAUAACCACAUGCUGUUCGCGGUUCUGUUCGGGCUGACCUUCUUCUUCGCCAACUUCGGGCCGAACAGCACCACCUUCGUGCUGCCGGCGGAGCUGUUCCCGACGCGGGUGCGGUCGACCUGCCACGCGCUGAGCGCGGCGUCGGGGAAGGCCGGCGCCAUGAUCGGGGCUUUUGUGGUGCAAAGCUACACUCUGAGCCAGGAGCCGAGCAAGAUCAAGAAGGCGCUUAUCGUGCUGGCGUUUACCAAUAUGCUGGGCUUCUUCUUCACCUUCUUGGUGUCGGAGACAAAGGGGAAGUCCUUGGAAGAGAUCUCCGGGGAGAAUGAAAGAGUCAGCGGCAAAGAAGAACGAGGUGGAAUUUAGGCAAGCAGGCGGUGCCGACAGACCAGCUCAGUCUAUCACAUCUUACUACAACAUACAUAUCGUGCAAAGAUAUGGAGAAGAGAAUAACCGGCAAUGCUCCUUAGUUGCCUUCAUCAGUAUCAUACAUCUUACA